AUGGCGAUGACGAUAAGGGCGGUGCUGCUGGUGGUCGUCGUGCUGAUGCAGUGCUGCGACGUGUUCGUCGCGGCGAGGCCGUUGUUGAUGGAGGCGCCGGCGGUAGCAACAGCUGACGGCGGCUGGCUGGGGAUGAUCAUGCAGGUGCUAAAACGCGGGCCGGGCGGCAACAACCACAACUGCCAAGCUCCCAACGGAUCGUGCCCCUGA